UUGCACAAAUUUUUAAUUUAAUUAACGCAGUUUAUAUUAAAAAAGUAAACAGUAAAAGUGAUUAAUUAACGCAUAUGCGCUGGUCAGUGUUGUGUUUGUCUGUGAUCGAUAUCGGCUGUGCAGUAAAGGAAAACAAUGGAAAAAUUCGGAAAAAUGCUGCGCCGUUCGGACAAAUUAAAUAUUAUAGAUCACAACACGUUCCACAAAAUCCAAAAGGAUGAAGGAGAAACAGCCCCAAGACUACCUCGCAGCUCCAAGUACAAAAAUAAGCACAAGAAGCCCCAGCUGCAAUGCCCGCUCCUCGAUUUUGUUGUCAAGUCGCGACAGACGCAAAAGCAGAACAAGGCUAAAAAGCUAAGGCGUCCACAUCUGACCAUCACAAAACCCCUAUAUGAAGCAAAGCGCAAAGGGAAAACUCGCCUUAAUCCCAAGAAAAAGGUCACUGGAUUGAAAAUGAUGAUAUGCAGCUAUCGCAGGCUGAAGAAGCAAAAUAUGUUAAACGUUCCAAUCCCUAAAUACGAGGAGGAGCUCAGAAAGAAGCUGGAUUGCCUGUUGCUGGAUACAGAGGUUUCUAAAGAAAGGGAGCAGAAACUGGAAAAACUCCGUGCCAAAGAGGAACAUCUACAAGACAAAGUCCAUCCAAUACAUUCGCGACGCUUCAGAAGCUAUUGCGACAACUCCACCAGGCCACAGCUUAAGCUGUUAACCACCCAGCUCUUGAAGGAUCUGAGUCGCUUCCAGAAACGCGCUUAUACCAAAAACGAGAUCAAGGCACGGGCACAUCCUCGCUUCGUUUUGGGCAUCCGGGAGGCUUUAGCGCGGCUACGUAUACAAAAAGUAAAAUUUCUAAUCAUGGCCACCGAUUGUGAGAUUUGCCCAGGAGAACGUGGCCUGGACGAAACGAUUGAUGGCUUGAAGGACUUGUGCCAGCAGCAAAAAGUGCCCUACUGCUUCUCGCUUUUACGACGCGAGCUGUCCUAUGCCCUUCAGAAGCGUGCACAGAUCUCUUGUGUGGCCAUUUUGGAUUACGAUGGGGCCAAUGUCAUAUUUAAUGAUCUUCUCAGUGAGUUGAAAGAGGCCAAAGCAGAGUACAAACAAAUGACUGCAGUGUGAUGGUUUUUUAUGUGCUGAAAUUGAACAUAAGUGCAGGAAAAGGUGCAAACAAGACAAAAUAUACAUCAGCAUCAUCUUCAAACUGUUGGCGUUAGCAUGGUGGUAGUAACCAGAUCGUACAAAGUGGAGCUACCAUUGUCCAUUUCAGUGGCAGCGCCAACCAAGCUGGCGGUAUCAUUCAGCGAAUUGAAUGUCUGAAUGGCCUCCUUGGCCUGCUGGGCGGCCAAAUUGAACUGAAUCAAUAUGAUGAGGUAGCUGGUGAUGCCACCACUGACGCCGUAUAACGUUUCCAUGUCCAAAGUGAAGAAUCCGCAGGCGGAGAAGUCCACCG